AUGUCGAACGCGAUAGAGGAUCCCCGGGUCAGGGCGGCCAUUGAGCACUACCUGUUAGAUCUGGAGAACACCCAGCCGAAGAAUACGAAGCGAAAUUAUCGUCCCAAGCAGGAAGAAUGGAAGGAGUGGUGUCAAGCCAACUGGCCUGCGAUCCCGGACGUUUGGCCGGCCUCGGAAGCCAAGAGGGCCGUGAAAAGACGCAGAGCACCAUCAGAUACCAUCGUUAAAAGGCGGAAGGUUUCCGUCUUCCAAAGAAGCGAAGACUGGUAUGAAACGAAGGUGCUCCGCCGAUCGGCGAAGGAGCCUCAAGCUCCGUUGUCGGGCCAGACUGCCCGAGAAUGGACGUCCAGGUUCUACAAGAAGGCCGGCAUCAAGGUCUCCAAGGUCAGCCACGCGCCUAGAGUGGCGGCGACGCAAAACGCCGACAUGGCCGGAGUGGAUGAAGGCCAGAUCCGCCGAGCCGGUCGUUGGAAUAACGAGACCAAAUGA